GACUAACAUUCACCCCGUACCCCUGUACAAUUGCCUCUUUUCUUUUCUUCCAAACUCCACUCAACUUCCCUAUCUUCCCUCUCUCCCUGCCACUCACACAAACACACAAUCAUUGACUCUGUCUUCUUCAAUUCCUUACUUUCAUUUCAGUUCGAGAGGAAAGCACAUUUCAGAGUUGAAAAACAUAACAAGCAUCACUUCAAUUAUUAGGAUAUCUUUUCACUUGACAACGUCAACAUGGCUGGAGCUUUGAGCAAUGCGAAAAAAAACCUCAUCAAGAUCUCGGACCACGAGAAUGAGAAGGAUUUUGGAUACGUUUAUGGCGUGUCAGGUCCAGUCGUCAUCGCCGAUAACAUGCACGGAGCUGCUAUGUACGAGUUGGUUCGUGUAGGUCACGAUGAAUUGGUUGGAGAGGUCAUUCGUAUUGACGGGCAAAAGGCCACUAUCCAGGUCUAUGAAGAAACCUCUGGACUGACUGUUGGUGAUCCUGUCCUUCGUACUGGUAAACCCUUGUCUGUCGAGUUGGGGCCUGGUCUUAUGAGCAACAUUUAUGACGGUAUUCAGCGUCCUUUGAAGGCCAUUAGCGAUUUAUCUGAGAGUAUUUACAUUCCCCGUGGUAUCUCAACCGUCGCUUUGGAAAGAAAGAUCUCUUGGGAUUUUGUUCCUCAAAACUACAAGGUCGGCGACCACAUUACAGGAGGUGAUGCUUUUGGUGCUGUCUAUGAGAAUAGUUUGGUCACAAAUCACUUGAUCACUCUUCCUCCUCGUGCUCGCGGAACUAUUACUUAUAUUGCUGAAAAGGGCUCAUACACCUUGGAAGACAAGGUUCUGGAAGUUGAGUUUAACGGCGAGAGGCAUGAGUACACAAUGAUGCACACAUGGCCUGUCCGUACACCUCGCCCUGUUGCUGAGAAGCUCAUUGCCGAUUACCCAUUGUUGACUGGGCAGCGUGUUUUGGAUGCUCUUUUCCCUUGCGUCCAAGGAGGUACUACUGCUAUUCCUGGAGCUUUCGGAUGCGGAAAGACUGUGAUUUCUCAGUCCUUGUCCAAGUACUCUAAUUCAGAUAUUAUUAUCUAUGUUGGAUGUGGUGAGCGUGGAAAUGAGAUGGCUGAAGUCUUGAUGGAUUUCCCUCAAUUAUCCAUCCAGAUUGGUGAUCGCCAAGAAUCUAUUAUGAAGAGAACUACGCUGGUGGCAAACACAUCCAACAUGCCAGUCGCUGCUCGUGAAGCUUCUAUCUACACUGGUAUUACUUUAUCAGAAUAUUUCCGUGAUCAGGGCAAGAACGUCGCCAUGAUGGCAGACUCUACUUCUCGUUGGGCUGAGGCUCUUCGUGAGAUUUCAGGUCGUUUGGCAGAAAUGCCUGCUGAUAGUGGUUAUCCUGCAUAUUUGGGAGCUCGUCUCGCUUCGUUCUAUGAGCGUGCAGGAAAGGUUAUCUGUUUGGGUAACCCUAAGCGUGAGGGAUCUGUUUCAGUUGUUGGAGCUGUCUCUCCUCCAGGAGGAGAUUUUGCUGAUCCUGUCACACAGUCGACGUUGGGUAUUGUACAAGUGUUCUGGGGUCUGGAUAAGAAGUUGGCUCAGCGCAAACAUUUCCCUUCGAUCAACUGGUCCCUGUCAUACUCAAAGUAUACAAAUGUAUUGGCACAGUUCUAUGAGAAGGAAGAUCCAGAAUUUAUUUCAUUGCGUAAUAAGACACGUGAGAUCUUGCAAGAAGAACAGGAUUUGUCAGAGAUUGUUCAAUUGGUCGGCAAGUCCGCAUUGGCAGAGAAGGACAAGAUUGUGUUGGAAGUCGCCAAAUUGUUGAACGAUGAUUUCUUACAACAAAACGGAUACUCGAACUAUGACCGUUACUGCCCCUUCUAUAAGACUGUAUGGAUGCUCCGCAACAUGCUGUUCUUCUAUGAUCAGGCUGUUCAUACUGUUGAAGCGUCACAGAACGUCACUUGGGCAAAGCUCAGAGAAUCAUUGGGUGAUUUAGUCUACAAACUCAGCUCAAUGAAAUUUGAAGAUCCUGAAGAUGGAGAGGAGGUCUUGCGUGGGAAGUACUCGAGCCUUUACAAGGAGAUCGAAGAAAAGUUCAGAACAUUCAAUGACUCUAACUAA